GCUACUUGGACAAUUGUCACAAGUUUUUUUUCCCUUUCUGCAUGGAUUCUACAGCGUAACAGUAUCAACUGGUUCAGCGCUGAUCAGAUUUCUAAAUCAACUCGAUUAACUCGACCAGAAAUAAAAACUAAUCAUGUCAAGCUUAAAGGCAGAUAAUCCUGAAAAACCAGGACAAGAAGUUGCUCCAAUUCACCGCAUCAGAAUCACCCUAACAUCUCGCAAUGUUCGUUCACUCGAAAAAGUUUGCACUGAAUUGAUCAGCGGUGCUAAAAAACAAAAGUUGAAGGUAAAAGGACCAGUCCGUAUGCCAACCAAGAUUCUCAGAAUCACAACACGUAAAACACCUUGUGGUGAAGGUUCAAAAACUUGGGAUAGAUUCCAAAUGAGAAUUCACAAACGUGUUAUUGAUCUUUAUUCACCAUCAGAGAUCGUUAAACAAAUUACAAGUAUCUCAAUUGAACCUGGUGUAGAAGUUGAGGUCACCAUUGCCAAUGACUAAACAAUAAUACUGUUAACUGUCUAAUAAUUGAAUUUUUUUUCAAUAAAAAUACAUGAUUAAAACAUAAAA